ACUCACAGAAGAAGCCAUGGAUGUAGCAACAGCUUUACCUCCUUCACUAAUGGUUUCAUCUGGUUUUCUUCCAAUAGGUUCAUUGCUGGAGGCAUUAAUCCACAUAUCCAAUGAGAUAGCGUCUAUUGAAAAGCUCCCACUUAUCCAAACCAAGAACAUAUCCACAAUGAUAAGAAGGAUUAAACUCCUCUCUUCGCUCUUUGAAGAGAUUCAAGAAUCAAGCACCCCACUCCCUCCUUCAUCAAUCCUAUGUCUAACGGAAAUCUUCUCAGUUAUCAGAAGGGUGAAGCUCUUGAUCAUCCACGGGUGUAAAGAGGGGAGUUCUCUUUGGAAUCUUGUCCAGAUACAUUCCGUUUCCAAUCAAUUCCAAGCUCUGGUUAAGGAGAUUGGGAGAGCGCUCGACAUCUUGCCACUAAGCUUGCUUAAAAUAACUGCAGACACCAGAGAACAAGUGGAGCUCCUUCACAAGCAAGCGAAGAGGAUGGAUCUGUUCGUGGAAUCUCGAGAUGUUCAAAGAAGAGACGAGCUUUUUCAGGCAAUGGCAGCUAAUAAAGAGAAGAAGAAUAGUUUAGAUUUUGGUAGACUAAAGGAAAUUUUGAGCGGCAUUGGCUUGACAAUCUUGUUGGAUUACGACGAAGAAAUAUCAAAGCUAGAGACCGAAGCCAAGAAGCAGGCUGGUACGGGUGGGCUCAUAGUCGUCUCAAAUAUCAAUAAUCUCAUAUCUUUGGUUUCAUUAUCCAAAACUAUGAUUUUCAGCCCACAAGAGUCUACUAUUUCGACUAAUCAGCAGCAAUUGAAUCUCUUAAACUCAAAAAACGAUCAUUCUAAUAAUCCCGACAUCCCUGUUGAAUAUCGCUGCCCAAUCUCACUUGACUUUAUGAGAGAUCCGGUGAUAAUAUCAUCUGGUCAUACCUACGAUCGAAAUUCAAUUUCCCAAUGGAUAAACUCGGGGCAUAAUACUUGCCCAAAGACAGGUCAGAGGCUAAUUCACAUGGCUUUAAUACCGAACUACGCCCUAAAAGGCAUCGUCCAUCAAUGGUGUCAGGAUAACAACAUACCAAUUACAGAUGAAGCAACAUCAUCAUCAUCAUCAUCAUCGCAGUUAGAAAGAAGUAGAAGUAAUAGGAAAUCAUACGAGAAAGCAAUCGACAACAUAUCCGCCAUGAAAACCGCAAUAGAUGCAGCAAAGAUGACUGCUGAAUUCCUGGUGGGGAAACUAGCAACUGGUUCCCAAGAAAUCCAGAGGCAGGCAGCGUACGAACUUCGUUUACUAGCGAAAACCGGUAUGGAAAAUCGAAGGAUAAUCGCAGAGGCAGGGGCCAUCCCAUUUUUAGUGACGUUACUAAAUUCCCACGAUCCGAGAAUUCAGGAAAACGCAAUCACCGCCUUGCUGAACCUCUCGCUGUUUGACAACAACAAGAUUCUGAUAAUGGCAGCUUCUGCAAUAAAUGGUAUAAUAGAAGUUCUUCAAUCGGGUAGAAGUAUGGAAGCUAGAGAGAAUGCAGCAGCCACAGUCUACAGCUUGUCUAUGAUAGACGACUUUAAAGCUACGAUAGGUGCACAUCCGAAAGCAAUCAUGGCUUUAGUGUGUUUACUGACAGAAGGAACUACUUCUGGGAAGAGGGACGCUGCAACAGCACUUCUAAACCUAGCAGUUUACAAUGUGAACCGAGUGAAUAUUGUUGCUUCAGGUGCAGUUCCUUUGCUUAUUGAUUUGUUGAUGGAUGAUAAGGCAGGAAUCACAGACGAAGCUCUAUCGGUUCUUUCUUUGCUAUUGGGAUGUUCUGAAGGGUUAACGGAGAUUAGAAAGAGUAGGGUGUUGGUUCCGCUUCUUAUUGAUCUAUUGAGAUUUGGAUCGCCAAAGGGCAAAGAAAAUUCGAUAACACUUAUCUUGGGUUUGUGCAAAGAAGGUGGACAGGAUGUUGCGAGGAGGCUGUUGAUAAAUCCGAGGAGCAUUCCUUCCUUGCAAAGUUUAGCAGGCGAUGGAUCUCUUAAAGCUAGAAGGAAAGCUGAAGCUUUGUUGAGAUUACUCGACAGAUGUUGCUCACAAUCUUUUACUCAUGAUGAUGCAGAAUAAAUAAGUAAAUAGCAAAGUAUGUGUGUGAACAAAUUAUGUAAAAGUGUACAUUUGUGGAAAUUACACAAAAAGGGAGGAAUGUUCAUUUGUGUAGUAGCUUUGUUGUAAUACCUUCAAUAUCGUCUUCAUAACAACACUUGUUUCAUUCAGGUUUUAAUAAGAAUUUGCAGUU